CGAGAAGAUCCAUUUAAUUUACUAAAACCGCGUUAGGUAUGAGGGGCAGCUAAUGACACGCAAUCUAAACUUCGUUAAUGUUGCAGAAGUAAUAUAUAUCGUCCUUUAUUCUACGUGAAACACCAAGGAGAACAUACGAUGCUUGUCAGAGUGCCUCGCCGUGUUCCCAGAAAACCUUCACUGUUCUUUCUUCAAAAUAUCUUGUAUUGCGAGGAACUUCAAUGUAAUAAUUUGCAUCCAUACUCGCUCGCAAGACGCAUCGUGUCGAUUAGCAAGACGCUGCGAGGCGAAAAUGGAGGAGAUCCAUGUGCAAGUGGAAAGCAAUUCACCCUCGAUAGAGCACAGCUUACGUCCAAUAUCGUACACCUCCUGGCUCCUCGGCGUUGGCGUCCCUCGUCCGCGAAAGUGUCCGAAGGCCGUCACAAUAAUCCUACGUAUCGUUCACUUCGCCGUGUGUUCCGUUAUCGUGGCGUACGGCGCGAUAGAUUUCUUCACCUUCGGUAGCGUCUUCAAGAGCGACAUAUUCAAGAUCAUGUACUACAUGAAUAAAGUGAUGUGCUACGUGUCGGCGUAUUAUUACGUUUAUCACGGGAUCAGACAAUACGACAAGUGGCCGGAGCUGAUGGACCGAGUGAAAGAGCUGGAUCAGAAGAUCAGAAGGGAAACCCCCAUGAGCGACCGGCCCAUAAAAAACGUGCAAGCGCUAGCGAUUCUCGCGACGUUCGCUUGUGGACCUUUGUCCCUGAUCGUGCACGCUUUGUAUUACUAUUUCAUACGUCCCGAAGACAUCUUCGCGUCCGACUUGCUGCUCUAUUACACGAUAGCCCAGUCGUUGAUCAACAGCUUCGUCUUCGACGUUGUCGUCUAUGUGCUGUAUCACAGAUUCCAAACGAUAAAUGAAUUGAUCGGUCAGUUGGACGAGCGCUUUGGCGCACCGUGGAUCGCGCUCAAAAUUCGGCGCAUCAGAGAAUUGCAUACCGGUAUUUGUGAUCUGGUCAUCAUGGUAAACGACAUUUACGGCUUUCAUCUCCUCCUCUGCUCGGCGAACUGCUUCACCAUGGUCGUGGCUACACUAUUCAGAAUCUACAUGGGCGUCGUCGAGAAAAACUACGCGUUCAUGCUGAUAAAUAAUAUCCUUUGGAUUCUGUAUGCCGCGCAGUUUGGUCUGAUGUGCUGUAUUUGCACUCUCGCGCGACAAGAAUUCAAUAGAACCGGGAUAAUUAUAUAUGCAACUGUGCUGAACUGCAAGCCUGCGAAUCUUGGUAAACUAAACGGUGCGAGGAAUCAAUCAGGUCUAGAAGUGCCACCGCUGUUGGAUGGCCCGGACGGCGAGCAAAAUUCUAAUCGGAGCAGCAAUUACAACCUGAACCACGUCGUCAUGGAAAAUCUCUUGCGCAAAAACCUGGACCGAGACCGUGUCAGAAACGAGGUCAAUGAUUUUUCGAUUCAACUGCAACAGCAUCGAAUUGCGUUCACGGCUUGUGAUUUCUUUGAAAUGAAUAAUGCUCUGCUCAGUGGUUUUGUCGGGGUGAUCACCACUUAUCUAAUAAUCCUCGUACAAUUUUAUCGACCGGAAAAUGCAAUUCAAUGAGCAACGCUAAGUGGAAAGUUAUUGCGGCAAGGAAGAUGAAAGACGAAAUACGAUAAUUUUUUUAAAUUAAAUAUUAAUAAAUAUUUAUUAUACCAAACUUACCACUAUAUAAUACAAUACGGUACAAUUACAUUAACACAGCUCGUAAAAUCUUCCAAAAAUAAAAAACUUUUUUAUAAAGAUAAACUAAAAUGAGCAUGUUGAACUUAAGUUAACGAUAGGUUGUUGAAUGAAACAAAACGAAAUGAAACGCAAUGGUGUCAAGCUACAUGAAAAAAUAUGAGAAAAAAAA